UCUUGUCUCUCCUCUCUCAGAAACCCAAGCCAAAGAACCAAACCCAAAAUAAAAAACCACACAGAAGAAAGAAAAUAAGAGGGGAGAGAGAGAGAGAGAGAGAGAGAGAGAGAGAGAGAGAGAGAAGGGUUAGAGCAUUUAGCGAAAGAAGCCAAACCCGAAAGCCAACUGUUUGCUCCUCCCAACACCUCCAUCCAUCUCCAUCACCACCUCAGCUCUCUGAUCAUUUUCCACUAAACCCAUAUUCAUUUUCCUCUUCCAACCAUUUUCUUUUCAAUCAUUUUUCGUUUUUGUUUAUUUUUCUUCAAUUACGCUCUAAAAUCUCAAAGCUCUAAUAAACCCUCAUUUGCAGAGGGACAGCUACGUACACAGAGCACAAGAGCAACAAAUAUAGUUUUAUUUUUUUAUUUAAUUCUUAUAAAUUUUCAAUCUUUCUUAUUGUAGAAGCUGCUAUUUUUUCCCUUCCUGUUUUUAUAAAAAUCUCUGUGGUGGGUUUUGAUUCUAUGGCUGCGGUUUCUGAGAUUUCCGGUGAGGCAGCCUCUGCCAAAAACUCCAACUUGGAUUCAAUGUCAAAACCCAUUUCUGAAUCCAAAUCAGAAUUCGAUGUGCAGAAGCUGGUGGAUAUGUUCACCAAGCUCAACCCUUUAGCCAAAGAGUUCUUCCCUUCAUCUUAUUCUCCCCAGCACCAUUCCAAUUUUGAAAACUCUGUCAAUAACAAUAAGCUCUCACCCAAUGAUAAUCAGGCCAACAUUCGAAGGAGAAGAAAUAACUUUAAUCAGGAGAAGCGAAGACUUAGCGGGAGAGCUUUCAGAGCUGAGCGGGAAAGUAGUAUUAGGCGAACAGUAUAUGUUUCUGAUAUUGAUCAGCAAGUUACCGAAGAGCGUCUUGCUGCCAUAUUUAGUAGUUGCGGACAAGUUGUUGACUGCCGGAUUUGUGGUGAUCCGCAUUCAGUACUCCGUUUUGCAUUUGUGGAGUUUGCUGAUGAGCAUGGUGCGAGAGCUGCUUUGAGCCUUGGUGGGACAAUGCUUGGGUACUAUCCUGUCAGGGUCUUACCCUCAAAAACUGCCAUCCUUCCUGUGAAUCCUACAUUCCUCCCCAGGUCGGAAGAUGAGCGGGAAAUGUGUAGCAGGACUGUGUAUUGUACAAAUAUUGAUAAGAAGGUUGCUCAAGCUGAAGUCAAGAAUUUCUUUGAAACAGCUUGUGGUGAGGUUACUCGUUUGAGGCUUUUGGGGGAUCAUGUGCAUUCAACUCGUAUAGCUUUUGUUGAAUUUGCAAUGGCGGAAAGUGCUAUACUUGCGCUCAAUUGUAGCGGAAUGGUGUUGGGAGCACAACCCAUCAGGGUAAGUCCUUCAAAGACACCUGUGAGACCACGCGUUACUCGUCCAUUGCAUUAACCAAUACCACAAGAAAAGAUCCGUGGAUGGAGCUUGGAGGGCUUUACAAGUCUGAGGAACUUUGUUGUUUUAUCGUCUAUUCCUUUCAGUAUUUCCAUCUUUUCCGUCGCAGUUUACCCUGCUUCAGUUGAAGUUUUAAAAGAUGGUUUGGAUCUUGGCAAUCGUACAUUUAACCUCCUCUUUGUUUUUAAAGUUCUAGUUCUAGUUCUAGUUCUAGUUCAGUUCUGUUAUGACUCUGAGUAUGUCCUUGCUCAUACUGCACGCACUCAAAAGCUUAAAUACCGAUUUGUAUUUACUGAAUAAACGUUGCAAUGCUCCAGUUACCAAUGCUCUA